UGGGGGGGGGGGCGGCCCGUUACUAACCACUGCACCGCGCAGGAGCUCUGGCAACAACCACAACGGAGGAUUGGAGCAUAGCAAUACUGCCAGCGAAAUAACAACAGAGAAAGAUAGCUGUCUGAAUACAAGGAUGGCAGUGAAUGUGCACGCUACGUCUGUGUCCUGUGACACCCUGAGCCGACAUGACAUGCUGGCCUGGCUCAACGACUCCCUGCACCUCACCUACACCAAGAUAGAACAGCUCUGCUCGGGGGCAGCGUACUGUCAGUUCAUGGACAUGCUGUUUCCAGGCUGUGUCCUUCUAAAGAAGGUCAAGUUCCAGGCCAAGCUGGAACACGAGUUCAUACACAACUUCAAGGUUCUCCAGGCUGCCUUCAAGAGGAUGGGAGUUGACAAAAUAAUUCCCGUGGAGAAGCUGGUAAAAGGAAAGUUCCAGGAUAACUUUGAGUUCGUGCAGUGGUUCAAGAAAUUCUUUGACGCCAACUAUGAUGGGAAGGAGUACGACCCGCUACAGGCCAGACAGGGACAAGAUGUGAACCCCGCCCCCAAUCCAGGCCCCCAGAGGCACUCGCCCACGGUGCCCAAGAUCCUACCCACGCCCCAGAGGGUGCUGAACACCACUGUGCAUGUGAGGAAGGCCCCGGCCCUGACGCGGAACGGGGGAACCGACGCGGAACUCUUGGAGCUAAAUCAACAGUUGAUGGAGCUGAAGUUAACGGUGGACGGACUAGAGAAGGAGAGAGAUUUCUACUUCAGUAAGCUGAGAGACAUUGAGCUGAUCUGUCAGGAACACGAGAGUGACACCAACCCUCACCUCUCCAGGAUCAUGGACAUUCUCUACGCCACAGAGGACGGCUUUGCUGCUCCAGAUGAUGACGAGAUUGAUGGACAGGCCCACUUGGACCAGGAUGAAUACUGAGUCUCUAAUACCUUCUGUCUAUUCACAUCCCCCUCUCCCUCCUCUAAUACCUUCUGUCUAUUCACAUCCCCCUCUCCCUCCUCUAAUACCUUCUGUCUAUUCACAUCCCCCUCUCCCUCCUCUAA